UGUUUUAAGCCACCUUGUUUGUGAGGCUGUUAUGGCACGGAAAGUUAAUGCAUGUUCUCCACAGAAUUGCCAAACACAUCAGAGGAUUUCCAUCCUACAUGUCGAACUGCUCUGAGAAGAAUGCUCUUCUCUGUUGCUGGAGUAGAGAGACCAUUCUGAGGUGUUAUUAAUGAAUUUAAAUCAUUUCUGAGGGUCCCAGUUAACCAAGAUUCUGUGAUCUUAAAAUCUGAAAAGCAUGGAGGAGAAUGAUUCUGAGACUACAUUACCACAUUUGGAGUGUUCUAGAGGCUUGGAGUACACCAGCUAAGAAAACAAUAACAUUCUACCCCUGUGGAACUCACCUGGUUUGCAGGCAGUUGGUGGGAAAAUAGACUCCUAAGUCAUUCAUACAAGAUAUACCAUCAACAUCACAAAUGCAUUUUACCAGAGAUUUGAAGGCAUUUGAGGAAGAAUCAUGUCUUCAGUUUGGAAGACUCCCCCUAGGUCAAAUGCAAUGCCUGAUAUCGUUGUGAAAAUCAUUGGAAGCAAACACUUUCGAUACCUUGCAGAGAAGCCAAAGAUCAAGCAGAAUGAGAACCUGGAGGUGGAAACUGAAACAACGCUCCAGAACCCCAGGACUGGGAAUGCCAGGCAGAUGAGUAAGGACACACCAGCUCCCACUGACCCCUCUGAUCACAAAACCAUGGAUAACCAAGAUGACAUGGAGGAGGGUAAGCACCCAGCCAACAACCAGAAACCAGAGAACCACCAGGAACUCCUAACAGGAACAUACUGUGGCAGAUUCCUGGAUGGCAAAGUUCCCCAUCAGGCCCACUGCAGCUCUGUACCAUCUGGAGACCAGUCCCUAUCCUACAUGCAUGGCCUCCCCAGGAGAAAUCUUAGAGACCGGUCCUUGGAGCAGUUGGUGAGGGGUGGCUCCAGCCAACCUGAGGAUACCAUCCAGAGGCCCAGUGGAACAACAAAAGAAGAUUCUUUUCUUCUUGCCCUGGUCAGAAAGGAACUCAAGUCACACCCUCUGAGCUCCAGAUUGUUAGACAAAAUUCAGAAAGAGCUGACGAUCCUGGACCCAAUCUCUUCAGGGUUUCUCCUUCAGUCUCAGCUGAGCCACCUCUUCCUGAGGCAUGGAGUCCCUCUGCAAUUGCCAACAGUCAAGAUCCUUUGCCAGAGAUUUUCUAGGAAGGGCUCUCCUGAAAUGGUGAAUUAUGAAAAGCUACUCUGGUUUUUAAAAAGUGCAGCCUCAGAUGACUUACAGCAAUGCAAAACAGUUGUGGACAGCAACCUGAAGAAAACUCAGAGUCAAAGUGAUCCUAAGCGAAGCCUUUCCUCUACCCCUCCAUUAAGAACCCCACCUCAAGACUCCAGCUCACCAUCAGAAGGGGACAAGAGCCUGUUGGAGAUUUUGAGGAUGGUACUAAGGACAACCAAUGGCAAACUCAACAUAGAGAAUCUCAACUUGAGUUUUCGAAAAGAAGACCGUUCAUUUUCUGGCUGUCUCCCCCCAGCCAAGGUCAGGGCUAUAUGUGGGAAGCAUGGAUUAUACCUGACCUUGAGCCUGCUGGAAACAUUGCUUAACCACCCAAACUUGGGUUACCAAGAUGAAAUAAAAUGGCAGAAUUUUGUUGAGUUGCUGAGCAGAGCUUCUUCUGAUUUGUUGUCUGGUUUGCCUCCAGGAAAGAAUGAAAAGGAAGCCCCUGCCAUUUCAGAGCAGCCUGAAGUCUCUGAGAUAUCUCAAACCAAAGCUGAACAUAUGAAAACUCCAGAAGAGAAGCUGAAUCCAGGAAACCCUCCUGCUGAGACUCCAACCCCCAAUGAUCCUCCAAGCAGUUUGAAGAUCCGGCCAGUCUCCCAGCCCUUCCUUAGUCGGGCCAUGAAGAACCGCUCUGAAGAAUGUGAGACGUGGAUUGACAGGUUCAGAAAGCUGGAAAACGCCCUGUAUCUGUGUGAUCUGAGUAAUACAGGAGUUCUGGAGAAGGAAAGAGCCAGACGCCUCAUUCACAACUACAAUCUCAUUUACAACCUGUCCCUGAGCCCUCGGAAAAUCGACCAGGCCUUGCGGAGAUUCCGUUCUGGAGAAAAUAUGCUCUUGGAGCCAGCACUGCGGUACUUAAAGGAGCUAUGAUAACAAGCCCAUAUUGUGUGAACAGAUGUUUCUCUUAUCUCCCUUCUUACCCAGACACAUCUUUCUCCCCAGCCUGAGAGCAGUGGUAGAGGCUUUCUAGGAGUUGAGGCCAUUACAGCUAUGGUAGAUGCUUUUGACCAGCUCUUGGAUUCUGGUUUUGAUGCUUGCUCACAUGCAGCUCUGCAUGAUCAGAGAAAACCAGGUUUUCUGUUCUGAUGUGGCAAGAACCCAACUACUUAAGAUGCUCAUAUAAUAAAACUUAUUAAUAUGACAUGUAUGAUAUUUUUUCGACAUUGCUCAUCGAACUGUUUUUGCAAACCUCACUGCUCCGUAUAGCAAAAAAUACAUGCCAGACGUAAUUGAUUCCCUGAAGCACCUGGUGCAUAGUAGACAUAAGUACAUCAUUUUUUGCAUGGAUAAAUAUGCCCUACCCUAGAAGCUAUUCUAAGAAGAACAUACUAACAUUAUCUUAAUACUAAGCAGAAGAAUAACUUCAAGCAAGGCUUUCUGAACAAGCACAGUAUCUUCUACAGUGCAAAACUAGAUAAUAUAAGGUCGUCUCUAGGGAUAUUUCCAAGAAUCAUGGUUAGAAGGGUUGAGAAAGGACUCCUGAGACAAAGAAUUCUGAGAAUAGGUAACCUCUUCUGCUCUCCUGAGUCAGGAAAACCAGGUGAAACAUUCUACCAGUUCCCAUAGUUCUAUCCUAAACAUUCCCCAGAACUAUCCCCCACCCAUGUAACCCACAUCACACACAGGUAGCUAGGGGUUGUUGAAGGAACACCAACUUGAGACUUCAAAAACAAGUUGCAUCAGCUCAUCACUAACUCAGUGGGACCCGGAUACUGAUCUUCAAGUCAAUAUGGGAGAGAGGAGGACUAGUUAAGUCAAGGAGAAAAUCAAACAGAAAAGUCUCUGAACUUCCCCCUUUAUCCAUUUUAAAUAGUGGUGUCAUGAGCAAUCUACAAACAAAAUUUCAAGAGCAAAACCAUUUGAACUCACUAAAAUAAAUGCUUUAGUUUUUAUAAUC